AUGGCUGGGACUCCACAUGAGGCAAAAGAUUUUGCAACGACGAUUGCCAUUGCCACUCCGUCGACUGAUGCAACUGUUGGACCAUUGCUAUCACAAAGUCUACCCACGCAUCCUACAUAUGUUGUAAAGAAUAAUGAGGAUGAAAAGAAGCUGGAUGAACAUCGCGGGAGCGAAACAUCGGCACGGUCCUUACCUCCUUCAGCGAGCGUUGGAAACAUACGACCACCGCUGAAUCGCGGGCAAAGCCAGAUCCAAAUGGCUUUGAAUGGCUCAGCAAACUUCGUCGGUUGGAACGAUUCCGAAGGUGAGAUUCGACGCAACUGGGGUUCAAGACGACUGCGAUUUCUAGCCAAAAAAUAUAACCUGAAUCAACAUCAUGCCCUCAGCGAAGCGCGAUCUAUUGAACCUGCCGUACAUUAUGACGUCGUUGAUCACCCUGGUCGUUCAUCUCCCGUUACAGAAUGGAGUCACACCCAGCCGCAUUCACUUUCCUCUUAUGGUGCAACCCCAACUGCGUAUGAUGGCACUACUCCAGGUUCGAUAGCUCGUAGCCUUAGUCAAGCUAGCGAUUCAUAUGUUCGUCCUCGCUUUGAAAGACGUGAAUCAGCUGCUCGAGUGGCCUACGGUUCAGCAGCGAGUGUUGCGAAACGCGGUGUCGUCGACAGCCAGCGCAUGCAUCGUGUACGGCUUUCCUCGAGACAAUCAUUCGAUGUGGAUUCGCUACAGUCCGACAGAGCCGGUUCACCUGCUUCUGUGGAAGCCGACCAAGGCACUGAACCUUUUUCUAGGGCAAUGGACAUAGAUGGCUCUGCUGGCUUACGAAUGGCUGGAGAAGAGAUCACCCACAGAACUGCUUCGCCAAUUAUCGAAGAAUCAGCGAGUGAUAUAUUUUUUGAGCAAGAGCCAGGUGAGACCAGAACGGGAUCACGAGCAGGGAUCAGUGCGGCUUCGUCUCAGGCUGAACAGUUUGAGAUGGUUGAUAUGGAACCAUCGUCAUAUGCCACUGCUCGAGAAGGUCUUCGAGGGGUAGUCGCCAAAAAGGGUCUUUCUGAACCUGCUUUAAGGCCAAAGUUGUCAACACAAGAACGCAUAGAUGUUGAUGAUCUCUUUUUUGCCUUUUCUACUGAUGAUGAUCGGAGUAAACAAGCGCUUCUCGUUCGUCUGGCUUAUCACGUUAAUGCGCUAUUAUAUGUGUUUUUAACAGCCUGCAAAACAAAUUUUCGUUCCGCGCCGUAG